AUGUCUGAACCAGGUUCUGGUUGUGGUGUUCCAGCCCACAGAAGCUCACAGCAGGCUCCAGAGUUGCUGUCAGUGAAGCUGGGGGACUGCAGUCAAACAGUGGAACUCAAUGUGAUUGUAAAGGAGGAGGGCGAGGAGAGAGAAAUCAAUGAGCGGGAGGAGGAAGGGAGAGAGGAGGACAGGGCCUCUGUUGACUCAGGAGAGAUCCCCAACCCAGACUCAGUCAAGGAGCCCAGUUCCACAGCAUCAAGACUGCCUGGUUGUGGGAGUUACCCCUGUCCUCAAUGUGGGAAGUGUUUCAGUCGAGCAGGAGACCUGAAGACUCACCAGAGAUCCCACAGUGGAGAGAAGUCUGCCAAGAAACCAUUUCACUGUGCCACAUGUGGGAAGAGGUUCCGUGAAAAAUUCAACCUCACGGGACAUGAGAAGGUACAUAGUGGGGAGAAGCCUUACCACUGCACCCAGUGUGGGAAAAGCUUCAAUCGUUCUGGAAGUCUUAAGGAACACCAAAGAGUACAUACAGGGGAGAAGCCUUACCACUGCUCUCUUUGUCAGAAGAGUUUUAGUCAGCCAGGAAACCUUAAGAAACAUCAGAGAAUACAUACAGGGGAGAAGCCUUACCGUUGCUUUCUGUGCGGAAAUAGUUUUGGUUUCGCUGGAAACCUAAAGAAUCAUCAGAGAGCACACUGUGGAGAGAAGCCUUACCACUGCUCUCAGUGUGGGGAGGGAUUCCCUCAACUAAAAAGUCUUAAAAGCCAUCAGAAAAUACAUAUUGGAGAGACACCUGCCUGUACUUUCAAUGUGAUUGUCAAAGAGGAGAAGGAUGAGAAGGAAAUGAGAGAAGUUGAAGAAGAAGACAAUAGUGGUGUAGUUGAUCCAGAUACAUCAAGACUGCCUGAUCGUUACAUCUGUCCUCAAUGUGGAAAGAGUUUCAGUACCUCAAGUAAUCUUAAGAAUCAUCAAAGAGUACACACUGGAGAGAAACCUUUUCUCUGCUCCCAAUGUGGGAGGAGUUUCAGUGAGAAAGUAAACCUUAAGAGACACGAAAGAGUGCAUAGUGGAGAGAAGCCUUACCACUGCACCACAUGUGGGAAGAGCUUCAAUCAUUCAGGAAGCCUUACAAAUCAUCAGAGAAUUCAUACAGGGGAGAAACCUUUCUACUGCUCACUGUGCGGAAAUCAUUUCCGUUUUGCUGGAGACCUAAAGAAUCAUCAGAGAUCACACAGUGGAGAGAAGCCUUACCAAUGUGCUCGGUGUGGAGAGGGAUUCACUCAGCUAAGAAGUCUAAAAAGUCAUGAGAGAAUAUCCAUUGGAGGGAAGCCUGCCUGUGCUUUCAAUGUGAUUGUCCAAGAAGAGAGAAGUUGAGGGAGAGGAGAGUGAUGUGAAAUAAAUGUGAAGUGAGGAUACAUAAGCUAACUAUAGGU